AUGUCACAGCCAGGGUCACGACCACCGACCCCAGAGGAUGCAGGCCCCCAGGACAAACUACCCCCAGGGCCAAACCCAAGGUUGGCACCAGCUCAGAGUGCUAUGGCCUCGGGAGGGGCACUGUCUGAUUCUGGGACUGCUUCGGCUGCUGGCCUGGAAAUGCAGCAGAGGCAACUGGCCCAAUUGGAGGCACGGCUUAUGGACCGGUUGGGAGUGCAGGUGGUGGACCAGCUGGCCCGCAUGCGGACACGGAUGCAAAUGCAGAUGCAGGCGCAGAUUCAGCCGUUAGCAACUCUCCUGAAAGGCCAACAGCCCAUGCCUUCCACUGCCGCCGAGGAGAAUUUGCCAGCCGCUGACGCUAUGCUACCGCCUUCUUUGUCGACCAUCCAGACUUGCAGUGAGGAAGCUACUGGACAGCAGCCACGUCUGCCUCCAUCAGUGCCUGUGGGCCCACAGACUCCUGCAUUUGUGGCCUCAUACCUGACCUCUGCAGCAGACAACCAGCCCGUCAGAGAUAGGAGAGACGUUACCGGACCUCAGCAGAUGGCAACUCCUACACCAGCUGUUGUGUCUGCACCACCACCGCCCACCUUGUCAGGGAGUGAAGCUGCGACCCAGCCCCGGCCUCCAGUGCUGCCUCAGCCAACACAGUAUGGGCCACCUCUGCAAUAUACAGCGCCUGUACUACAACCCCCGGUCUAUCAGCACUCACCACAUCCUGCAGCAGCUGAUGGCACCCGGUCUCCUCAUCCCAGUCAUGGCCAGUUCAACCAUGUGAUCGUGCUUGCCCUCAUUCCACACUGA